GCUUUAUUAAACAACUCUUCACGGCCACGGAAAGGUGUUUGCAGAAAAGAAACAAAACCAGUUCGUACAUAACAUAGAUGAACCUCAGAUUUUCCAUUUGACGACUCAUUUGGACGUCUUAACUCAUGAGGUGACCAACUUGUGAUCAGUGUCCUCAUUGAUAAUGUGGAAACAAUUGCUGGUUCUUUCGUGGGUCUUUAUUGAAUUCUCUUGGUCUGAAGAAUAUGUGGACGAGGAUCCGGACCAUGAAUGUCCAGAUAGUGAGCAUUACUGGGAGGACAGUGACUAUAAAAUGUGUCGAGAGCAUGCCGAGAAUGACUUCCUGUUGAAUGCCAAACAACAGGGUAUGUGCGGUCUAUUGAACAAAGUGAGUGAUGAUUGUUUGAGAGAAUUCGAGAACUGCUUUGCACCCAAUGUUUUUCAAGACGUCAAAGAUUUAUCCUUGAUCUGGGAAGUCGAGAAAUUGGCCAAGUUAUUCGGUAUUGGUGAUAGCGUCAAGGAUUGUCCCAUAUCGAAGGAAUAUGCUAGUCGGACCGGCAAGAACCUGGACGAUCAUUCUCAAACCGACGAAUGCAACGAAUACGAGGUCAAAAAGGUCCUCAGCGAGUAUAGAGUUUGUGGCAAUAGGUUGCGUGACAAGUUCGCCCUGCAGAUCCGUGAUCCUUCCGAGCGACGUGGUGAAGUCCGUCAAGUGAUCUGUGAUCAUUUGGAUGAGUUGAUAACUCAGUGUUUCGAUCAUUUGGAGCCCUGCUUCGCGUCCAAAUAUGUCUGGAGCCUCAAGCGCUACCAGAAGGAGCUCAUGGGAGCCUUUUUCUAUCAAAUGGCUUCGGAUUAUGGCUUCCACAUUCGGGACUGUCCGAUCUUCCAAAGGAAAGAGACCUUCAAUGAGGUGGAUGCCGAGUUGGAACGACUACGGAAGAAGGACCAGGAUUUGUUCUGGAGCAAGAAGUACAACAUUGGAGCCUCCACGAACUUGAAAGGAGCACUAUCCUGGAUUUUGGUGAUUCUGGGUGUAGCUUUGGUGGGAGUCUAGAUCAUCAGAAAAGGCAAACAAAUGCCUCUAAAAUGCAAUGAGACUUCUUCAUACACUAAGGAUUGGUCAUCAGUUAUCUUAUAAGACCACUCGAAAGAAGUACCUUUAUUAGCCGUCAAGCCAUCUUUUUAUGGGUAAUGUAAAACAUUUUGCCGUUUCCGAUCAGCUGUAAUAUGAUCAUGACUAUUAAGGAAAAGAGUUAUAGUUUCAUAAAUAAAUAAUGAGACUUAA